UAAGUGAAAUAUAUAUAUGACCUUUUAGUGUUUUACACAUUGGGUCCUCCUCCAAGGCUCUGGGCUGUAGAUCAUCUCGACCACUGCUCCUUACCCAGGAAUCACUUAAGGGUUUUUUGGGGUCCUUUACUUUUUAAAAACAAACAAAAUGGCACCAAAGAAGGACGUUAAGAAAGCUGCACCAGCAUCAGCACCAGCACCGGCUCCGGCACCAGCUCCUGCCCCAGCGCCUGCCCCAGAACCAACUAAACCCAAAGAACCAGUCAUUGAUCUGAAGAGCAUCAAGAUCGAGUUCUCCCAGGAGCAGCAGGAUGACUACAAGGAUGCUUUCCUCCUCUUUGACAGGACAGGUGAAGGCAAGAUCACCUUAAGCCAGGUUGGUGACAUCAUCCGUGCUCUGGGACAGAACCCUACAAAUGAUGAGAUCAAGAAGAUCCUGGGCAACCCCAGCAAGGAAGAGAUGAAUGCCAAGAAAAUUACAUUUGAAGAAUUCCUGCCCAUGAUGCAGGCCGCUGCCAACAACAAGGAACAGGGUUCCUUUGAAGACUUCGUUGAAGGUCUGCGUGUCUUUGACAAGGAGGGCAAUGGCACAGUCAUGGGUGCUGAACUCCGUCAUGUACUGGCUACUCUGGGGGAGAAGAUGACGGAGGAAGAAGUAGAAGAACUGCUAAAAGGACAGGAAGACUCUAAUGGUUGCAUCAACUAUGAGGCAUUUGUAAGACACAUCAUGUCUCUUUAAAUGGAUUUCACAAAAUAUAAAUA